AUGAAUAAGAAGAUACCAAUUGACAACUAUCUAUCAAUACGUGUUUGCACUGCUAGCACAGCCGAUGUUGAUUUGUCUAAUGAUGGAGAUUGAGCCGAGUUUGGAAAGAAAGACGUCUUAGACUGCGUGUAUAUCUAUCUAAAGCUGUGUUGGACAAUACCUAUCUAAUCAUUCAUCGCGCUGUCCAGUUCUGAUCCCCCAGUGGACAUAUGACAAUCUGAUAGCCAUCAGAUACGUGGUAUGGAUGUCCAACAUCUAACUCGGACAACUCCCGCACACCUACGAUACAUACACCUAUGUAUCUGUCUACAUCCGCUUAUCUAUCAUCUACCUGCGUACGCCCCAGAUCCCAAGUCGGCACUUUAUGUUGACACAACACAAGUCUGGGAGCCAAAAAGAACACACGUGUUCGCCUUCUCAAUAUCAAUGCCGUCUCUUCCUCAACAUUGGAUCCGUCCCCAGCCUCCUCUUCGUCAGCUACAACACUGCCCUUUUCCAUCCUUCCUCCCAUUCCGAGCCUCUGUUCGAUUUCUUUCUAUCGGAUACCUAUCGGGGACAAGUAUCCACAGCCGUCCUAGGCUGAGUGCAGGGUCUGCUUGCCAGUCAAUGCAACGGUAGAAAAACUGAGAAAGAGGGGCAGAGCCAAGGGGAAGCUUACCUAGACACUUCCCCACCGAAAUGCUACUAACCAACAAAUUACAUGGCACAAUUUAAUUUUCUCCAUACGCCAUCGAAGAUUGACAUUUUUAUUUUGAGGCUACCAAUUGAGUAUUUCUAUUUUGCAUUGCUAGACCCUCGGGAUUUCUUUCCAAUUUAUGUAUAUUUCACAUACACGGUAGUACUAUUGCAAAAGAGUUAUACACAGCAAUCAUGACUAGCCAAAACCCAACUCAAGAACCGGAAAAUAAUGAUCAUCUUAUUAUUUCACAAGAUUCCCAACAUCCCGCAAAUCUAAUCCCAGAACUUUGCGCAAAGUUUUGGCAUCUAGGCUGGGUAACAGGUACAGGAGGAGGUGCCAGUAUUCGCAAGGAUGAUCUCGUAUACCUUGCGCCGUCUGGAGUCCAAAAAGAACUCAUGAAACCAGAACACAUUUACGUCCUCGAUAUAACCAAACAACUCGAUCCCAAGCAACGCAUCUACCUCCGCUCACCACCCAAUCUCAAGCCUUCCCAAUGCACCCCCCUGUUCAUGGCUGCAUUCACCAAACGAAACGCAGGUUGUUGCAUCCAUACACAUUCGAAAUGGGCAGUCCUCAUCACCCUGCUCCUAGAAUCCGCACCCAACACCACGAUGUUUGAAAUCAACAAUAUCGAACAGAUCAAGGCAUUUGGAAAAGGCUAUACAAAGUCAGGAAAUUUGGGAUACCAUGAUACGUUGCGCAUCCCAGUGAUUGAAAAUACACCCCAUGAAGAAGAUCUGACAGAGUACCUGGAAGAAGCAAUGGAGAAGUAUCCGGAUACGUAUGCGGUUUUGGUAAGGAGACAUGGGGUUUACGUUUGGGGGGAGUCGGUACACAAGGCGAAGACUCAGUGUGAGAGCUUGGAUUACCUUUUCCAAAUUGCGGUUGACAUGAAGAAAUUGGGUUUGCCAUGGUUGAGUGAUGUUAAACCGAUUGCUUGAAGGACUUCGACAGUUCGAGUUGCCAUUGUUGUUUGGAGAUGAAUUUAUGAUUUACAAGAAUUAAAGAUACCCUUUUCUUACGCCAUGCUUUCCAUGAUGUAAAUGGGGUGAAUAGAAGUGUCACUCGCUUCA